AUGGUGGACGUGUCUGCUGACUUGAGCAGCUUUUCUUUUGAGGCCGAGCUGACUGAAGAUGAGAAAGAGCUCAUUUACCUUCGUGCACGCUCGGCUGGACUGACGUUCUGCGGGUGCGCGCACGCAGUUUUCUUGUGCAAACUGGUCCACUCACUAAGAAGUAUCAUCAAUAGUCACACUGCAGACAGAGGCUCGUUGGCAGCAGAAGAAGACAGUGACAUCUGCGUUGGGAUACUUGGUAUGGGUCACAUGGGAAAACAGUUGCUCCUUGCCCUCCUUGAAAAGUCUGGCAUUAAACCAUCACACAUUAAGAUCUCCAGUAGGAGACCAGAAUCUGCAGUGGAAUUUAUCGAGACAGGAGUUGAAUGUUUCUUUGACAACCGCAGACUGGCAGCCUGGGCAGACGUGCUGUUCCUCUGCUGUCUGCCCUCUCACCUCCACAGAGUCUGCGCUGAUCUCCGCUCUCACUUGUCCAAGCGCUGCCUUGUGUACAGCUUCACCUCUGGUGUGCCUGUCACCAGAUUGGCUCAGCUUCUUGGACACAACUUCAUCCUCAAAACACAGUAUGACUUUGUCGCUUGUGACACUUCAGAUGUGUGGCUGUCUUGCACUCAUCUGACCACAGCUUUGACAGAUCCUUUGUUGAUUGAGGCAUCGUGUCCUCUCACAACGAGCGGUGGCAUUUCUGUGGGUCUGAACUGGGUGAGUGCAGUGUUGUACAGCCUGCUAAAUAUCUGCACCUCUACCAGUGUGGGAUCCAGUGAUGCUCUCUCUCUUAUCAACAACGUCCUUAAAGAGAAGUGUCCACACACUGUGGAAUUAGACGCACACAGUUUCAUCAGUGCAUCAUAUGCAUCCUCCCUUCGCACAGAGGAACCUUUUCCCUGGAUUUCUCUCACUGAUGCCCAAACCAAGGAGACACCACUGCUUUGCUUCCUAACAAAAAGCAAAUCUAUGAUACAGUGCAUCUCUGCCGCAUACAAAUCACUGCUAUGCCAGCAAAAUUAGACUAAUGUUAAACUUAACUGUAUAUUUUCUA